AUGCCAGUAACAUUCCCAGCCGGAAAAAUCUACCUCGUCCACCGCAGCGACUACGCUUCACAUGCCGAGGAAGGUAAAAUCACCGAAAUCUAUGGCUGUUACACAACCCUCGUUGAAGCCACGAAGCGCGCAAGAGCCGAAGUCAGAGCUCUAGAGAGAGAAUGUACGCCAAUGAGAAAAAUGAAUGUUGAGUAUGACCCACUGUUUGGGGCUAUGGUGUGGGUGCAUGAUGGGGGGUAUGCGGAUAUUGAGAAGUCUCUCAUUUCUGUUCAGAAGAUGGAUAUUGAGCGGUAUUCUGAAGGAGAGGCUUCAGACGAUGAGGAUUUCGACGACGGUGACGAUGAGGAGCCAGAUAGUGAAGGUUUGGGUCUUCAAUUGGAAUCUGACGAAGAGAGCGAAGAAGAAGAGGAGCCAGAGCCUGAGAGUAUUAUUGGCAUCGACCCACGACCACCUCUAGCUCCCUUUUCAGCUCAUCGUCAACGUCAACAAGACCACGAACCGACUCAAACAAACAAUGAACCAGCCAGAGUCCGUACGUUGUACACCCCAGAGGCCUACCCACCUCCGCCACCAGCUCGAGUCCCUGCGCGACAAAUCCAACGCCUCGCGGGACGCGUCUUCGCAACAGCAGGUACACAGCGACCCCUAAAUAGAGCUGCCAUCAAUAGCCUCAUUCGUACUCAUGGAGGUACGGUAGUACCGCUUUUACCGAUCAGAGAUCAAAUUCAAUUCGUGGUGCUCGGUGAUGAUGUUAGUGUGCAGAUGCUGAAUGAAAUGGGGGAGAAGGGUAUUGCGGCUAUGAGGCAGGAUCAGCUUUUGGAGAUUCUUGGGGUGGGCGGUUGA